AGUUCAACCCCGAACUUCAAACUCAAUGUGUCCCUCUGACAGUAUAGCCCCAGCAGUGCCACCUGUCAGUGUCCAUCAGUGCCUAGUGUCAGUGCUCAUCAGUGACUCGUGCCAGUGCCCAUCAGUGCCACAUCAAUGCCACAUAUCAGUGCCUACCAGUGCACAUCAAUGCCAGAUAUCAGUGCCCAUCUGAGCUGCCAUUCAGUGCCACCUAUCAGUGCCAGUCAGUGCCGCCUAUCAGUGCCAGUCAGUGCCGCCUGUCAGUGUGCAUCAGUGUCGCCUAUCAGUGCCUGGCAGUG